AUGACUAUGGCGAAGAUCAUUCUCGUCCUCCUGGUCCUUGCGCCCUUUUGCAUGGCUGCCGCAAGCACGGACUGCCGUGGUGUGCCGGCGCUGGAUGGGUCUUCUGCCUGCGGCGAGUCAUGCAGCACGAAGCUGUUGCAAGAUCUAUGCAUCGACGUGAUGAUCUGGGGCGGCGUCGAAAUAUCCGGAUCGCACAAGGAGGGCGCCACCGGAUACGUGAUCCUCGCCGCGCGGUUCGCCGUUGAAUCCUUGGACGCCACACGACUCGCCGCGAGGAACCUGCUCAGCCAGAACACCUCGCUCUCUGGCCAGGAGAGGAACGCCUACGAGGGGUGCCUGAACGACUACGCCAUGGCGAGAAGCUCUAUCAACCGCGUCGCCAAUGAGAUGCUGCCCAAUUGCCGCUUCGCGGGGAUCGCCGACGAGUUUGCCCGUGGGGUGAAGAGCUUGGAGAGCUGCUGGAUCCGGCUGAUGCGACCGCCUGUGAAGUCGACGCCGUUGUACAACUUGGUCUGGGCCGACCGAUACAAACUACUGCUGAUUCACUUGCUUGAUGGUAAACUACUAGGCAUAUGA